AUGGCACCCCCGAUGCAGCUUGCCGCCCAUACGGGCAUCCCAUACAUCCCUACGAGCGAUGCUCAUGACCGCCACGAAUAUGGCAUCACCAAAAACCGCAAGCUUGCCUCGACUGGCGGAGGAAGAGCUUGGAGUGAGGACGAAGAGGUAUAUCUUCUCCAGACUCGACUCCAGAAGAUGCCGUACAAGCAUAUUGCCGCCCACUUGAAGAAGACCGAGCUGGCAUGCCGACUUCAUUAUCACCAGCUCAGCCAUGGGAGUAACCGCCGCAAGCGUACGACCUCGAUCUCUUCAGGCUCAUCCGCAGGUCACUCCCCUAUCAUGCCAGCUGCCAUCCCCUCGCCCAUCCGGGAGUGUUCUUCUCGGGACAUCACCCCUCCCGGAAGUGCUGGGAGUCAUGACCCUGGCUCUCCCGCCUAUUCGAACUCGGUACAGCUGCCUAGUAUCAUGAUUGGGACUAAGCUCUCGCCGUGCCUGCCUUCCAUCCUGCCGAAGCCCGCCAGCAUGACUCUUUCGACAGCGGCGCCGUCUCCGGUACUGGGCUACCCUACGCCGAUGCCGGACAGUGCUCGAUCCCUGGGUCCGUCGCCCUUCCCUCAAUCGUCGCCGAUCAGCAAUGGUCCAAUGCUCCGCCUGGACUGCUCCCUCCCGCCACCCUCGGCUCACGUGGACGUCCCUCGCCUCCAGGCUAUCUACGCUGCCCACAGGUCGUCAUUCUGGGCUGCCAUUGCGACUGACUAUGGCGCUGGAAUAAGCCCCAUCGUCCUGGAGCAAGCAUGGAAGGCGAAUAUGCUAUCUGCGGGAAGCCAGACGCCCAUCACUCCAGUCGCCAGUCCAAAUGACCGUGAGGGACUCUACGAAAAGCAUGACAGGACUCGGAUCAGCGCCAUUCUUGGGAUAGACGCCAACCCGCGAAGUCCAAAAGAGAGAGAAAUGGUGCGUCGUCUGGAAGAGGAGCGAAGUGUCAGCGUUACAGCCGGCGCCUAG